GCACUGUUAUAAGGGUAGUGUUAUGGAUAGAGCUCAGUUUUGUAUUAAUACCGUAAAUAAGUCAAUAUUAUAAAGUGCUAACAAGGUAGUAUAUAUUUACUAGCUUACUUCAGUUAAUGGUAUUAAAUUAAUAGCAGGAGUAAUUUAAUCUUGAUUAAUAAGGUUAACAGUUAAGAUGAGUGAUAAGCGUCGAAAUGCUAGGAUUCAGGGAUCCUGGGCUGGUCGGAGUAGUCAAAAGUGUGAGAAAGGAUUAACUUCUGGAUAUACUGGGAAGAGUAUGUUUGAAUACAAAGAAGGUGAAAGUUCAGUAGGUGAUGAUCCAUUUCAAAAAGAGGAGACUAUUGAAAUCAAGGAUCCUGGAGAACAUUCAUUAGUUGGUGGAACGAGUGGAUCUUCUAGUGUAUAUUUUCAGCCAGAUUUUUUUACACCCGAAGAAGCUGAUAGAUAUUUUGAUAAGCUGAUUGAACAGAGAAGAAUUCCUUGGAAGCAAACAGAUAUUAAAAUCAUGGGAGAAAAAUACCCAACACCAAGGCUCGUGGCCUGGUAUGGUCCAUUUCCUUAUUCAUAUUCAGGUGUAACAUUGGAAGCAGAUCAGAAGUGGCCCGAUGAUCUGAAAGAAAUACAGCUAAAAGUUGAACAGCAUUUGAAUGAAAUUCAGAAAGAAAAAGUCAGUUUCAAUUCUGUUCUCUUAAAUUUAUAUAGAAAUGGUAAAGAUAGUGUUGCAUGGCAUAGUGAUGAUGAACUGUCCAUGGGAGUGCAUCCAGUGAUUGCGUCAGUUUCACUUGGAGAAACUAGGAAGUUCGAACUGAAAAAAAGACCACCAAAGUAUAAUAGUAAGGCAAGAACGAAAUCGUCAGUUAAUGAAAAUAUAGAUUACAGAGUACACUUGAAAAAUGGUAGUUUGAUUGUCAUGAAAGGUGUUCUUCAGCAGGACUGGUUGCACCGAGUGCCAAAGGAGUAUCAUGAUCGUGGCCGUCGCAUUAAUCUUACAUUUCGAACAGUGUAUGAACAUGUAUAAUAAUUAUAGGAUCGUGUUUUACACAAUUUAAAAUAAUAUAAGUUCUUAAGAGCUUGAGAGGAAACAAACUGAAGUUAAUUUUUCAAAAUACUUUAAUAUAUAGUGUCUUGCAAGUCUGAUUUUGUAAUUAUCUAUGAAUAAUUAAACUAUUUCCAACAUGCUUA